AUGGCGGGCCCCGUGCCGUUUGCAAAGUCGUUGGACCAGAUCUACCCCGACAAUGCCCUCGCGACCCAGGGGAAAAGGUGGAAUAAUCUCCUGAGCCAGUUCCAGGCAACCUAUGGCCAGCCUGCCGAGUUCGUCGCCCGCUCGCCGGGUCGCGUCAACAUCAUCGGCGAGCACAUUGACUAUUCGCUGUACUCGGUGCUGCCCAUGGCCAUUACCGCCGACUGCCUGAUCGCCGUCUCCACGACGCUCGACGCUGCCUCUGUGAAGGAGGGGACUUACAAGAUCAAGAUUGCCAAUGUCCAGGGCCAAAAGUUCCCCAGCCACGAGUUCGACAUCCCCUUUGAUGCCGUCGAGAUCGACGCCACGGUCCACGAGUGGACCAAUUACUUCAAGUCCGGCCUCAAGGGCGCCCUGGAGCUCCUCAGGAAGAAGCAUGGCGCCGCCUACAAGCCCGUCUCCAUGCAGAUCCUCAUGGACGGCACCGUGCCCGCCGGCGGCGGCCUGAGUUCCAGCGCCGCCUUCACAAGCACCUCCGCCCUGGCCGUCAUGAUCGCCAACGGCGAGAAGACGGUCGACAAGACCGAGCUCACCGAGCUGGCCAUCGUCUCCGAGCGCGCCGUCGGCGUCAACUCGGGAGGCAUGGACCAGUCCGCAUCAGUCUUCUCCGAGCGCGGCUCGGCCCUCUACGUCUCCUUCUCGCCCAGCCUCACCGCGCGCCCCGUGCACUUCCCCAAGACCAAGCCAGAGCUGUGCUUCCUGAUCGCCCAGUCCUUCGUCGUCGCCGACAAGUACGUCACCGGCCCCAUCCACUACAACCUGCGCGUGGUCGAGUGCAGCCUGGCCGCUGCCUACCUGAAUGCCGCGCUGAACCCCGCGGGAACCCAGCUGCCCGCCGACGCCGCGCCGCUGGGCGUCUCGCUCAAGGGCUUCCACGACACCUACUACGCCAGCCACCCGGGCAAGGCGGGCAAGCCGGUCAAGGACCAGCUGCGCGAGCUCAUCUCGCUGACGGAGACGACCCUGAGCAAGGCCGAGGGCUACACGCGCGAGGAGGUCGCCGAGACGCUGGGCGUCAGCGUGGACGAGCUCAACGCCCGGUUCACGUCCAAGUUCCCCGUGCGCGCCGACCGGUUCAAGCUGCGCCAGCGCGCGCUGCACGUCUUCAGCGAGGCCCUGCGCGUGCUCGACUUCAUGUCGCUGCUCGAGGACCCGGCCAACCACCCGGACGCCGGCGCGGACACGACCGCCUACAACGAGAAGCUGGGUGCGCUGAUGAACGCCACCCAGGACAGCUGCCGGGACGACUACGAGUGCAGCUGCCCCGAGAUCGACGACAUCUGCAGCAUCGCGCGGAGGGCGGGCAGCUACGGCAGCCGCCUGACCGGGGCCGGGUGGGGCGGGUGCAGCGUCCACCUGGUGCCGGCGGACAAGGUUGACGCCGUCAGGGAGGCCUGGGAGAGGGAGUACUACAGCAAGAGGGAGCUCACCCCGGAGCAGAGGGAGGGGGCGGUUGUCGAGAGCCGGCCGGGAAGCGGCAGCGCGGUCUAUGUCGUGGCCGACGGCACAUUGUGA